CGUCUGAAAUAACAGUUGAUUCUCAUCGUAUUACCAUGGCUGAUUUUGGCUUUAAUGAGCACCAUCAAAAUGAGAUUGUCAACUACAUGCGAUUUGCCCGCUCCAAAAGGGUCUUGAGACUUAAGACCAUCGAUUCAUGCUUCCAGGACCUGAGAGACAGCAGACUGGUGGAGGAAACAUUUACGGUGGAUGAGGUGACAGACAUGCUGGACGGCCUGCAAGCUGUGGUGCAUGGGGAAGUGGAGACCGAACUCAUCAACACAGCCCACACCAACGUGCUGCUCCUCCGACAGCUCUUCUCCCAGGCAGAGAAGUUCUACCUGAGACUGCAGACUGACAUCUCUGAGCUGGAGAACAGGGAACUGUUGGAGCAAGUUGCAGAAUUGGAAAAAACUGACUUUAAAUCCAGUAAUAAAGUAAACCAGGAAACCAGCAAACCGAAGUUAGCUCCCCUAAACGAAGGAGGAGUUUCUGAAUUGCUCAACAAGGAAAUUGCGAGACUCCAAGAGGAAAACGACAAACUGAAGGCCAGAGUCAGAACGCUGGAGACCCAGGCCAUGAGUGCGCUGGAUGACAGGUCCAAAGCUGAGAGAGCCUUGAGAGACCUACAGAAGACCCAGGGAGACCAGCAGCUUGCUCUGCGGUGUCAGGAGAUCAAUAAGCUGGAGGACACGGUGGCUACGCUGCAGGCUGACCUCCAAAAGUCCCUCAGUGCCAAUGCUAACUCUCAGAAGGACCUCCAGGAGAGCCUGAUCUCAGCCAAGCAUGACCUUCUGCGCGUACAGGAGCAGCUUGCACUGGCUGAGAAGGAACUGGAGAAAAAGUUUCAACAAACUGCUGCUUAUCGCAACAUGAAAGAGAUUCUUACCAAGAAGAAUGACCAGAUUAAGGAGCUCAGAAAAAGGUUACAGAAGUAUGAGUCAGAUGAAUGA